GUUGUCCCAAAAAAACGUUCAGGAAUUUUACGCGUUUUAUUUUUUUAUCGUGUUGACAGACUUAAGUGAAAGUUACAGAAGCUAAUGCUGACUGUGUGUUGUGUUUUUUAAGUUGAUUAUCUACAGUUUCCGGGGAAGGUAUGUUGAGCUGUGCCUCCCCCGCCGGCAUGCCGCCCGCCCCUCACUCCGCACACCCCCAGGCGUGGGGGUCUCUCCUUCAACCCCCCACAGUGAAAUCCGAGCCAAUGGACGAUGGAAGCUUCUCGAAGGAGCAAACCAGCGGCUUCUACUCUGAGGGGUUCCACAGCGCAUCACCAUCUUCCUCAAGUAAGGACUCCAACGGGCACUCCCCGCGCAGUGUCGGCAGCGCUGGCGAACCCGCGCCCUUCUACGAUAACAUGCCUCUCAAAGCCAAAGCCAACCUCGGCAUGCACCUAGAGGCAUACCGCAGCGGAAUGCCCUACAACCUCCUCACACCGCCAGGCUUCGAGGCCCGCAACAACGACGGCCGCGAGCCUUCACCCGGCUACGAAACCUCAUACUCUCCAAGAGCGUUGGCCCCUCCAGCGCACGUAUCAACUCCUCUACAACGCGCUGACGCCACACCACCCAAAUCACCACCCAGAACACCAUCCUCCCCCGAUAGAGACCACGAAAGGCGCUCUUUCGAAAGAUUCCACGACUCAGGAUUCGACCCGCAAGGAUCCAGGCACGACGGUGACGACACCCGCGACGGAUCCGGGCUCGACGACGACUUUGACGACGAGCCCGGCCUGCGCGUCCCCGCCGUCAACUCACACGGAAAAGUGAAAACGUUCAAAUGCAAGCAGUGCGAAUUCGUCGCCGUGACCAAGCUCAGUUUUUGGGAGCACAGCAAGGAGCACAUCAAGCCAGAAAAGAUGCUCUGUUGCCGCAAAUGCCCCUUCGUAACAGAAUACAAGCACCACCUCGAGUACCACAUGAGGAACCACAUGGGCUCGAAACCGUUCCAAUGCAACCAAUGCUCAUACUCGUGCGUGAACAAAUCAAUGCUCAAUUCUCAUCUUAAGUCCCACUCCAACGUGUAUCAAUACAGAUGCGCCGACUGCAACUACGCCACUAAAUACUGCCAUUCUCUGAAAUUACACCUCCGUAAAUAUCAACACAACCCCGCGAUGGUGCUCAACUUGGACGGCACUCCCAACCCGCUGCCGAUCAUCGACGUGUACGGCACUAGGCGCGGGCCCAAGCAGAAGCCGAUGUCGAAGAUGUACGAGCCGCAGGGAAACAUCAACAACAACACGCAGCCGCAGCCGCCGCCGCCCACACACCCACUGUUCGGGGGACACUUCCCCGUCAACUUACCGUACUUGCCGCCUCUCCUCCCUCACUCAUUCUUGUUUCCACCUAACAACAACUACGAGCAGCGGACGUCGCCUAAACAUGAAAUGCCUCCAGAGAAGCAGCAUACACCUCCACCGUCGAUCUUACACCAACGCCUAUCUUUCGAGCGUCAGAACGCAAGGGAGGUAGGCAUGACGUCACCGCCGGCCAAAUCGCCUUCUAGUUUGCCAAAAACGCCGACAGCUCGCUCGGCGACCCCGGUGCAGAGCAACGACGCCCUCGACCUGACCAACACGAAGACGAGCGAGGCCGGCACUCCACCCCCGACGGAGCCUCCUGCGCCGGUCACCCCCACCACAGCUCUGAAGAACAGGCGGAAAGGCCGCGCCUUCAAGCUGCAACCGGCCGCCCUGAAGCUCCAGCAUGAGGACGAGACAAUGCGCGAAGCUGAGGGAUCGGAGUCUGAAUCCGACGCCGAGGUCCCACCCACCUACCAAUGUCCACAUUGCGACAUAACCUUCGGUGACAUAACUAUGCAUAUUAUUCACAUGGGGUUCCACGGCUACAACGAUCCCUUCAUGUGUAACAAGUGUGGCGAGCGCAGCGCAGACCGUGUCGCGUUCUUCAUUCACCUGGGUCGCGCGCAACACGCCUAGAUGCUUAGCGGAGUAAAUACGGUAUUGUAAACCCUAGUCAAAGCUUUGUCCAGCCACUUAGAGGCUUAGCGAUCUUUUGCAAUCCAGAUCUUGAUAACCUUGGCAUUUCAUGAAUUUCCUAAUGAGACAGCAACUAAGAAUUGGAUUGCAGAAAAAUGCUAUUGUAGUUACUAUGUAAAUUAUUAUAAAUAAAACAUGACCUAAUUGAAUUGUCGAAAUAAGGCCAAAGACUCACUUGUUUAUACCGUCGUCCUUUUGACAUUUUAUUUGUAAAUUUUCUUAGUACCAUUGCCCUCAUUAUUUCACAAUUUUACGUUUAAAUCUUUUGAAGGGUCGACGGUAUGUAGGAUUUACAUUGUAAAUAGUUUAGUGUACUGUCGAUGACAUUUAGAGUAGGCUAUAGUGUGUUAAACCCUGUGUCGUAGUGUAGACCUAGUAAGAGUGACCAAUGUGUAAACAAGACUGUAAUCUUGAAUAAGUACAAACGAAUGGAACGCACUUGUUACUUUAUCCCUACCAUUGUGUAGCCGCGGCAGAUUAAGCGUAAACCAUUUGCUGGUGGCAAUGUCAUUUGUAAUAGGUAACCUCAAAAUUAUGUUUACUCAAUUAUGAUUUAAUUGUAUAGCCCUUUAUAAACAUACUUGUUGUUGCCCGCGUAUUCGUCUGCGUAGAAUCUGGUUUUAACAAGCCGGAAAUCUUCGCGGCGAGAUAACUUACCAAAGUUUGAGCGCAAUCAGCCCAACCCCUCAAAAAUGUUUAACCCCUCAAUUUUAUAGAAACGCAUAGAGAACGAACAAAGAAUGAUUAAUUUCUAUACAUAUAUACCUACGUAAAGACAAACAGAGUUUAAUAUCCAGGAAUUAGAGGUCAAUAAAAGUUAUUUUUUUCUACAACAUACUAUUGAAUAGUAUAAAUUUAUUUAUAUUAUUUUUAUUGCUCUUAAUCUGCUGUCGACUUUAGCAUAUUAAUUUUAAAACUGUAAAUUUCCUAAAACAACGGUGAAGUUACCUAUUAGUCAUUAUAGUUAGUUUUAAGUAAUGGACGAUAAUUUAAUCUAAAUUAGGUUUUAAUGUAGUGACUCAGAGUGUAUUUAUUGGAAAGAUUUUUAUUCUAUUUAUUAUUAGUAAUUAUUUGUGUUUAGUGCAUAACUAUAUUUGUGAACACGUGCAUGUGACAUUUUAUUACACCAUUUGACUAUGUCAACAAAAGCUCAUAAUAAAAUAAAUAUCGCAUUGUUUUUAGACCAUUAUUAAUCGGCAUGCCUACCAUGUAAAAAAAUAUUACCUGUCAUAAAAUGUCCAAAGAAAAUGUUUCCAAUGUACCCAAUUAGGUAAUUGGGUAAAUGCGCGUGGAAGCUGGAUAUUUUUACAGGUAA